CAAUGAUGGUUGUCUUCAUCAUUCCUGUGAGAAUAUGUCUAUGUGCUUAGGAGGGAACUGUGUGCCGAUAUUUGUCAAGAAGUGUGACUCUCCUCCUGUUGUUUUAAAUUCCGAGGGAACCCCUCCCGAGGGCCCCUUGCCUAUUGGACACACCCACAACUACACGUGUUCUGUGGGAUACAUAGGAUUCUGGGAGUCAUAUACCACGUGCCAGGACAAUGGGAAAUGGUCAGAAGUAGUCUUUCAGUGCAUAGAUAUUUGUAUCGCCCACGGAAACAGACGGAUAGGGACUUGGUGUUAUUUCUUCACCACUGUCAAAGCAACGCGCACGGAUGCAAACGCUCUUUGUACAAACAGAGGAAUGUAUCUUUCCCGCAUUGAGACCUCGCAAGAAUGGAACACCUUACGGCCGCAUAUCAAUGGUACCUACUGGAUAUCGGGAUAUGCUCAGUACUCCUUCUGGCCUUUCAGAGACUUUUACUGGUCGCCAGGUGUCAGAAUGGGCUUUACAUCGUGGCUCCCAGGACAACCGGACAAUUCCUUGUUCAAUCAGUUCGACAUCAGAAUCGAGAAAAACGGAUGGGACGAUGAAUAUAAACACGCAGAGUUGACUGUUCUGUGUGAAGCAGAUUACUAGAUAUUAUCAGCAUUUCUUUGUAAAGACGCCUAUUUACUAUUCAGCUAAUUGAAUAUUUGUCUAGGCAUUAUUAAUCUCUGGUGAGAUUCUGCUAGGCUAGAUAUUUGGACUGACGCCUACAGAAUCUCUGGACACUUCUUCAUAAUUCGUGUCUGGAAAUCGAGCCCCAACUCUUUAAAGAGGAAUAAUCUGAGGCUUCAGUUAUAGCAUGAAAAAAAGAUGUGUUUUGAAACACUGAUGCCCCCCGUAUGGCAACAUAGCAAAGAUAAUAAUGAAAUAUAAUGUUUCAGUUGUUUAUUGCUUUGGUAAUUGGUGAAAAAUAAGCAUUUU